UUUCCUCAUUUCUCUGCUAAUUACGAAGAAGAACUAAACGCUUUCUCUUUUUACAUUUUGACAUUAUUUAUAUAAAAUUUUCAUAUAUUUGAAUUUAUAUAUAUAUAUAUAUAUACACAUUUUGUGUGUGUGUGUAUAUAAUUGAGGGUGUGUAGAAUUAAGGAGGAAUAGCGAUUCGGUUCCGAAAUUUGGGUGAAUUUUGAAUCAGGAAGAAGAGGAAGGGAGAGAUUUUUUCUUUGGGGAAUUUUUUUGUUUUUGGUUUGGUGAUUUUAGUGGAUGCCGAUGGCGGCGGGGGCGACUGAGCGAGCGCGGCCGGUGGUGAUGCCGGCGGCGGCGGCGAUGACGGUGACGGACACAUUAGCGAAGGACGCGGUGUUAGGGUGGUUCAGAGGGGAGUUUGCGGCGGCGAACGCGAUAAUAGAUGCGUUGUGUGGACAUAUGGCGCAGGUGAGUGAAAGUGGAGGAUCGGAGUAUGAAGCAGUGUUUGGUGCGAUUCAUAGACGGAGGUUGAAUUGGAUCCCGGUGUUGCAAAUGCAGAAGUAUCAUCCGAUCGCUGACGUUGCGGUGGAGCUUCGGAAAGUGACGGCGGCGAAGAAGAAGAAGAUGAACAAGAAUCAGGAGGAGGAGGUGAAAGGCGGAGGUGAGGUGGAGGCUGUGGAGGUGGCGUUGGCUGAGGGCGAUGGCGAUGGCUAUGGCGAUGUUGAAAUGGAGGUGAAGAAGAUGAGUGAAGAGGAUGAGAAGGAAUUUGUUGAAGAGGAUGAGAAGGAAUUUGUUGAAGAGGAUGAGAAGGAAUUUGUUGAAGAGGAUGAGAAGGAAAUUGUUGAAGAGGAAACAAAUGAUGGAAAAUUGAAGAUCGAAGAGAUUUCGAUUGAGAUUAACGAAAUUGAUGGCGGAAGAAAUGAGGUUUUGGCUCCCAUUGAAGAAGAAGAUUCCAUUGGAAGCGAGAUAACUGAUUCAGGAUCUCAAGGAGGAGAAGAAGUGCAGGCCAAUUCUGCAAGUGUUGAAAUUUGUUCUAACCAUGAAGAGUGUGAAGCACGUCCAGGACAGAUGAAGUUGACAAAAGGUUUUUCCGCCAAGGAGCCAGUAAAAGGCCACAUGGUGAAUGUAGUGAAAGGAUUGAAGUGUUAUGAAGAUAUUUUCACCCAAUCUGAAUUGGGCAGGUUGAAUGACUUUGUUGAUGACCUUCGCUCUGCUGCAAAUAACGGGGAGCUUUCUGGAGGCACAUUUAUUUUAUUCAACAAGCAGGUUAAAGGCAGCCGGCGAGAGAUGAUCCAGCUUGGCGUGCCCAUUUUUAGACAGAUAGGAGAAGAAUCGGGCAAUAACAGCCAAACAAGCAACAUAGAGCCAAUUCCGCAUAUUCUUAUGACGGUCAUAGAUCAUCUCAUUCAGUGGCAACUGAUUCCAGAGUACAAAAGACCAAAUGGAUGUCUUUUCAAUUUCUUUGAAGAGGGUGAGUAUUCACAGCCAUUCCAGAAACCUCCACAUUUAGAACAACCCAUUUCCACUCUCGUUCUUUCUGAAUCAACUAUGGCUUUUGGGCGUUCUAUUGUUAGUGAUAAUGAAGGCAACUAUAAAGGACCACUCACAUUGUCCUUGAAGGAAGGGUCACUUUUGGUCAUGAGGGGCAACAGUGCAGAUGUUGCACGCCAUGUCAUGUGUGCAUCUCCUAAUAAAAGGGUCACCAUCACGUUCUUCCGAGUUCGGCCAGAGUAUGAUCAAUGCCAAUCACCAACCCCUCAGAUGUCCAAUGCUAUGACUCUAUGGCAACCAACGGUUGCAGGUACAUGUGCCUUGCCUAAUGGAGCCACCUAUGGCUAUGAAGCAAUGGAGGUAAUGCCAAAAUGGGGGAUCCUUCGUGCACCAGUGGUCAUGUUAGCUCCUGUGCGCCCUAUGGUAAUGAGCCCUGGACGAUCUCAACGUGAUGGCACUGGAGUGUUCUUACCAUGGGCUGUUAAUACAAGAAAACCAGCAAAACAUCUUCCUCCCCGUGCUCGAAAAGGACGGUUCCUUGCAUUACCUCCUGCUGUCGAAACUCGUCUACCAGACUCAUCUCACGAGCCAGGCAUAAGUGUUUGAGAUUUGACUACCAAACUCAUCUCACAAGCUAGGCCUAAAUGUUUUGAGUUUGAAAUCAAGUUGUGGCAGUUCUGAAGUCGAAGCAACACGACUCGACUAAGUAGUGUUCUUGUCCUUUUACAAAAUGAUCUGAGUGAGUUUUUUUCCCAUUCCACCCCUUCUCCCAACACCACAAAACCACUUAUUUAUUUGGAUCCCAUGUUCUUAGGGGUUUUUUCUCUCUUUCUAGAUGAAGUUGAGGUUCAAGUUUGAAGAGUGAACUAGAGGAUUUAGGUUGGAAUUUUGUAUUUACUAAUUGUAUUUAAAUCUUUCCUUUUCUUCCUAGACUUAAACUUGAACUCUUUUCUACUGGGUUUACAUGGGUUUUUCUGCUUCCUGUUUCCCACUAAACAAAAUAGUGUAUAGAGGAAGCAAAAUUUGCAUCAGUAAAAUGAUUGAUUGACAUCAUAA